AUGGGAAGAUACAGUGUAAAGAGAUACAAGACCAAGAGAAGAACGAGAGAUCUCGAUUUGAUCUACGAUGACAUGUCCUCCAAGGAAUCCAUAAUGAAGUUGAAAAACCAACCCCUCGACGAAACAAAGCCUGGUUUGGGUCAAUACUACUGUAUUGAAUGUGCCAAGUACUAUGAAAACCAGCCCAGUUUGGACAGACACCUCAAGGCCAAGCCACACAGAAGAAGAGUCAAGGAAUUGUCCAAGAAGCCUUACACUCCGCUCGAAUCGGAGGCCGCGGCAGGUGUCAACUUGUUGAAGUUCAUGGAAUCAGUGGAGAAGUACAAGGCACAGGAACAGCACAAGGAGGCCAAUAAGGAAGAGAUUGACCAGUUAUUGCAUCAGAGAAAGGACAAUUUGGAUGCCCUCAUCACCGGUAUUCCUUCCGAAGAGUUCCAGCCCAAGGAACAGGACCAAGCAAUGACCGAAUAA